CGCUCUGGGGAAGUAGUUAUAGAGGCCAGGGAGGGGCAGGCCUUCGUUCGACUGUCGUCUCUCCAAGGACUGCUUAAGUUGUCAGUCUCUCACCUACUUACUCGGAUAACAUCGACACCAUGGCCUACGCUGGGUCCAGUAUGCCGUCAUUGCGCAUGGCGCUUUACAUUCUGCUCCUGCUGCUCUCUAUAACACUCCUGGGCCUCACGAUCACACGUGUCCACUAUACCAUGAAUUUGCCCCUUGGCGACCCGCUAAACGGAGGCCGCGAUUUCUACGAGCGCACCAUCGUCGAGCUGCUUGUCUCGAGCGUCUUGACCAUUUUCUGGUCAAUUUAUGCUCUCCAUAGCAUUCAGCGCGGCCUCCAAGUCUCAGGCUUCCCAGGAACCUUCAGCCACGAAAUAGGAACCCUCGUCUUCCUUUGGCUUCUCUGGCUCGUUGGCGUUGCCUACGCUACGCACUACUGGGGCGACCUCUCCUGGUGCUGGCAUUACCGCGCCUGCCGCAUCCUCACCGCGCUCAUCGCCAUCGCGUGGACCGGAUGGGGCGUGAUGACCAUCCUACUCUUCAUUAGCGCCUGGCUGGCGCACUCGAGGCGUGCGUGGAGGCGCCCGAUGCAUGGGCGCUGGGAUCCGGCGCUGGACACGUAUGGCAAUAGACGCGGGUUCUUUGGGCGGCCUCGUGCGUAGAGGGUGGCCUAACACGCCACGCGCAAAUAAAUUUUCAGAGGAGAGGACAUAUUAUCCGAAGCUAGCAGUUCAGUGAGCAAUACACGAUGCGCCGAUCUCUUGUAUUCGAAGUAUGUACGAUAGGUUUUCCCUUGCGUUGUGAUUUAUCUGCACGGCCGUGACUUUAUUGUGACGACUUACAAGGACUAACAUAACCCCUUCAAAGCAAGAAUGUCCGUCCCCCCACUAUGAGCGGCGCAGGCGACCUAUCGGCGUGCUCAACUCCGAUUUAGGGACUUACCCGCAUAAUCCCACCGCUUGACGCGCUCCUCGAGGUCCAGAGGCCGAGCACCCCGUGAAGGCCAACAAAGCCCAAGACCAAAGGAGACAUCAAGGAGAUCGUGCAGGC